UCGCGCAUGGCUCAGCUGCGCUGCCGCUCCGUGCUCAUCACGGGCUCCAGCCGGGGCAUCGGGCUGGGCCUGGUCCGGGGGCUCCUGGCCGCCUGCCCCGCGCCCGAGCUCGUCCUCGCCACCUGCCGCUACCCGGAGAAGGCGCAGGAAUUGCAGCAGCUUUGCAAAAAGUAUAACAACCUGAAAGUCCUUCAGCUUGAUGUGGUUUCCGAAAGCAGCAUCAAGAAAGUGGUCAAAGAAGUGGAAGAUAUCGUCGGGGACAAAGGAUUGAAUUGCCUGGUCAACAAUGCUGGCAUCAACGUGCUGGCCACCCUGGAAGAAGUCACAGCAGAAACGAUGCUUCGCAUCUAUGAGACAAACACGGUUGCCCAGUUGAUGGUCACUAAAGCUUUUCUCCCCCUGCUGAGGAAAGCUGCCCAGCUGAGCACCGGCAUGGGGUGUCACCGCGCGACCAUUGUCAACAUGUCCUCGAUAUCGGCAUCCAUGGAGCUUGUACAGGCCGACGACUUCCUCAUGGUGUACCCUUACAGGAUAGCAAAGACAGCGCUAAACAUGAUCACGCGAUGCCUUGCCGUUGAUUUGAAGCCAGAUGGAAUUCUGUGCAUCUCUUUGCAUCCAGGCUGGAUUGAAACAGAUAUGGGAGGGAGCCUGGCUCCCUUGAAAGUCCAAGAUGCCAUCCCAGGAAUUCUCUCUGUUCUGGCAGACCUCAGUGAAAAAGACAACGGAAGCUUUCUGAACGGCCAAGGAGGGACACUACCAUGGUAGCAGAGAGGAGUGGGUGCCGGAGACCCUAAGCACCGUAUUGCAUCUCAGCUCCGGCACAAAUGUGUUGUGAUUGCCAGCUAGUACUCCUCUUUUUUAAAAACAAAAAUGUUCUUAGCAGUACUGUAACGAAACUUGAAAGUCAACCUGUGCAUUGUUUUUAACCUACUUGACAACGGCAAAAAUCUUGUAACUUGAGGGUUUUUUUUUCUUUCUCGGAUCAGGAAAAGCCAGUGCGGAACCGUAUUUUGCAGGCAGGAUUCACCUGAGGGCCAAUUUAGAUGAGACACCACUCCAUUGCCUUAAUUUGGCUCUUGCCAUCUUGACAGAUGUACUUCACGACACACACCAAAGCACUACGAGUUGUCUACCUUGGUGGCCACACUUGGAGCUGUGCAUGUUGAUAGUUGUGCAAGGUGAUGCUUCUCAACAGAUGAAAUGGGCAUGCAUACAAAAUUCCAAGGAUCUUUCGCAGUGGGGCUGUGUGUUGUUCAGGCCUGCUAUAUAUAUGUGUGUUGUGUCCUGCUAUAUAGAUGUGGCCCCCAGGAGCGUGUAUGAGUGAGCCUACUGUUUUUCAAAAAGAGGUUAACAGACGACUGUGUCCAGUUAAGUCUGGGGGUAGUUUAGCCCUCCACAACCUGAAAUCUGGCCCUGCUAGCAUACACCUUUGGUUUUGUUUCUUGCUUCUGUGAGCAAAUGUUAGCAUAUUCGCAGCUGUCCGAAUUCCACUCCAAAGCUGCAUCAGCAGCAAAUGUCUUGCAGGCCUCCCAGAGAAUGAAUGUUUGUAUUCCCACUGGUGCUGUACAAUGAUCAGGAAGAGAGAAUAGCACUUAAGCCGGGCCAUUUUUCUCAAGAUAUCUGAACUAAGGGUUGUGGGAUUGCAUUGCCACAUUUUGUCUAGGCACAUGCCCGUCUCGUAACCUUCCUUGCUGUUGAUUGGCUUCUCCAGCCUGCACCAUUAUGGAGAUAUGGAAGAACUAGUUGAAUAAUCAUUUAAAAUCUCUUUUCUAUUGGGGAUGCUCAAACUGUCCCCAAGCACAGAGAACAUGCCCUUGAAUCAUUGUAAAUCCAGCUGGUGCUCUGUAGGCAGACAGUCGCAGGUUUAAUUCCCUGGCAGCUCAGAUCUCUGCUUGGUAGGGUUGCCAACUCGAGCUUGGGAAAUUCCUGGAGAUCUGGGGGGAGUGCAGAGUUUAAGGAGAGGAGAGAACUCAGUUGGGAUGAGUUCUCCUCCAAAUAGGGUUGCCAGCCUCCAAGUAGUGGCUGGAGAUCUCCCGGAAUUACAACUGGUCUCCAGGCCACAGAGAUCAGUUCACCUGGAGAAAAUGGCUACUUUUGGGGGUGGACUCUAUUGAAUUAUGCUAUGCCAAGGUCUUUUCCCUCCCCAAACCCUACUUUCUCCAGGUUUCUCCAGGUGUCACCCUCCACAUCUCCAGGAAUUUCCCAACUUAGAGCUGGCAACCCUACCUCCAAAGUUGCCAUUUUCUCCAGGGGACCAUCUUUGUGGUCCAGAGCUGCUUGAAAUUCUGCAAGAACUCCAGUCCCUACCUGGGGGUUGGCAACCCUACUGCUGGGAGAUCCUGGAGAGGUGCUGCCAGUUAGAGUGGGCAAUACUGUUGGUCUGACUCAACAUCAGGAAGCUUCGUAUACCUUAGUGUUAGUCAUUUCUGUGGUCACAGGGGUGGAACUGUCGUGGCCAGAUUGACUGCUGGUAAUUUCUUGUAAAAGCAUCUUCCAGAAUCUGUUUGUACCACAUGGAGGAAGAUUUUGACUGCGGGGGCCAAACGGUUUAUCUUUGGGGCCAGUGUUACACUCGUUCACAAGUUACAAUAAAAGCACACACAGUCUGUGUGCAGUGUACACUUGGAUUUUUCUUUAUACAAGCGUUGGGUAAUUCUCAUGUUACGUUCAACGCAGGCUCAGCUGAACAUGUGAUUUAAACCCUGCAUUUAUCCACAGACUGGCCCCUGGUUUCCAUUGUAAAGUGACUGCGCAUUGGUUCUUUCUUACAAACAGAUGUAUACAUGCACCUGCAGGUUGUAUGUUUGUUCACUGUAAUGGGAAGAGAGUUUUUGAAUGGGUGAUAACCCAGUAAUGGGACGCCUUUCCGUCUGUCGAAGGGGGGAGCCUUUGAAAGUACCCUGUGAUAAUGUUUCAGACAUGUAUUACUCCAGAACUGUGCUCUUCAAAUGCAUUUCUUGGAUUGUUGCACAAACCAAACUUUUAUUUUCUGCUCUGCAGGUUGUUGACA